AUGGCAGCUGAAAAUUACACUGUGAACAAUGUAGAGAGCUUUAUAAUCACUGGAUUUGAUCACCUGCAGAAUCAAAAACUCCUUGGAUUCCUCAUCUUAAUAACCUACAUGCUCAUACUGCUUGGGAACGGCAUUAAUCUGUGUAUCAUCUCGAUUAACAGGCAUUUACACAAACCAAUGUACAUAUUAAUCUGUAAUCUAGCUGUUGUUGACAUAAUGUUCUCUUCUACCUGCAGCACAACCAUGAUCUCAGUGCUGCUGGCUGAGACUAAAACAGUUUCAUAUUACUCUUGUAUCUCAAGGACAUACUUUUAUCAUCUCGGUGAUAUCAUAGUAUGCAUUGCUCUAACAUUAAUGGCAAUAGACCGACUUAUUGCGAUCAAGAUUCCAUUAAGGUACCACAGCAUAGUAACAAAUUCACGAACAUUUCUGCUUAUUUCUCUGACUUGGCUCAUUGGUUUUUCUAUUAUGGGUGUUGUGAUAUCAGUGGUAGACAACGUCCCAUACUGUCAGCCUGUCAUCAGAUAUGUGUUUUGUGAUUAUCCUUCUAUGAUCAGAGCUGCUUGUGUUAAUCCUGAACCAUAUUUUUUCUUGCCUGCAAUGAUCAGUCUUUGGCUGUUGUGUGGACAGUUUCCCUUUAUUCUGUGUACCUAUGCUGUCCUGGCUUACAGUGUUACUAGACUCUCCAACAACUCAAGCAAAAAGCAAAUGAUCAGCACUUGCUCCAGUCAUCUCAUUGUCUUGUUUAGUUAUUAUGCACCAAAGCUGGUUUCUGUUUUACUAACUCGAAUAGGAGUUGUGCUAAGUUUAACAGACAGAAACGCAGUAACAAUCGUAGCCUCUAUUGUUCCUUCAUUAAUAAACCCCACUGUUUAUUGCACCAGGACUAAAGAGAUCAGGAAACGAUUAGCAGAUGUAUUUUUGCACAAAAGAAUUGUACCAAAUCACUUAAAGGUUGUAUCAUAA